AUGCCACCAAUACGCCUCCAACCACGAACAUGCAGUCUACCAGUGGCAGUGAUCAAGAAAACAAAUGCUGGCUCAGCGACACGCACAUUUUGCAGCAGUAGAGUGAUAUUGGCUGGUGCGGGACAGGGAAGACAAGCUGGAUAUAGACCCCUCGUUUGUGGCGCCAAGAAAAUAGAGAAGAUACCCGCGCGCAGUAGCUUACUGCGUACGUUGGGAUCUGGGGUCAGGGGCUAUGCGACUGCCACUCCUGCUGAUGCUGUUAUUGAGGAAUUGACGGAACAGUACUCGGUUGCGAUGGAUGAAUCUGAGCUCGCAUGGCAAGAAAUCGAAAACCACUCCGCCUUCGCGGCUAAUGACCGAGCGGCCGCAGUAGAAGAAUUUUUCAAAUUAAAGGAGAUGUAUGAGCAUGCGAUCAAAGGAGAGCACAGAGUAGAGGUCAAGAGACGGAUGGGGCAGAAGAUAAGGAAGUUGGAGCAGGCGACUAAAAUGUUGGAGGAUAUGGAGUUGGAGGAUACGGAUUAUUUGGAGGAUUAUUUGGAGGAUAUGGAUUUGGAGGAUACGGAUUUGAAGGAUACGGAUAGUGAUAAAUGA